CGCAUUCGCUCCGACACCUUCUGCCGUCCAUUUCUUGCAUGUCAAUAUCGCCAUGGACGAUCUUGAAAAUCUAGAGUUCCUGUCGCUCGUUGCAAAAGUCACUUCUGAGCUACAGAAUCACCUGGGACUCGGUGACAAUACUCUUGCAGAAUUCAUUAUCGACCAGCAUGUCAAGGCAAACAGUUCAGAGGACUUUAGAAAAGCCCUCGAUGAAUUCGGAGCGGAGUUCCCUCCCAGCCUAGUGGAAUCCAUCGACAGGCUAGUAAAGACUCUGCAUCCCAAGUAUAAGAAUGUGAGAGCGGAGUCGAGUACAGAGUCGAAGAUUGAAACGAAGAGGUCAGCAACUAUAUUCAAAGGCCUUGCAAUCCCAGAUCAAGAGAUGACAGUAACAAAAACCGAGGACGAGGGAGACGCGUUGGAUGAUACAUUCGCGGCGCUAGAAGGGUUAGCAGGCAAGGCAAGUCGCAAGAGAAGUGCUAGCCCCGAUGACAGAGGACGGGGAAAAUAUCUCAAGCGCUCGAAGCACGAGUCACGGUCCAGCUCGAGAUCACGGUCUGUGAGCCCAUACAAAGACAAAACGAAGCUACGCCGAAAUGGUGGCACACACGACUAUGUGUUUGAUGACGACGAGUUCAGGCAGCCGCGCAGAGAUAGGAACGGGCAUGCCCACAGUAAGGAUGUUCGCAGAAGCAGAAGAAGGAGAGACAGUUCAGAUGAAGAGGCAUUACGAAGAACACCUACUCCAGAGUUAGACGAUACCCCUGAGUUGUUCAAAGUCUACACUGGUAGAGUAACUGGGAUCAAGGACUAUGGCGCAUUUGUGAACCUGCAAGGCGUACGUGGAAAGGUGGACGGAUUGGUUCAUGUCUCACAAUUCAUCGACGGACGUGUGAACCACCCUUCGGAUAUUGUGUCACCAGGUCAAGAGGUUAAGGUUAAGGUCAUUAAGUCGGAAAAUGGAAAGUUCAGCUUGUCGAUGAAAGAGGUAGAUCAGCGGACGGGGAGAGAUCUUCGGCCAGAGAAGCGAUUCGGUACAGGUGCGAAUAUGCAAGGUCUCGGCAGGAAAUCAACAAAUGACGACGAGGACUUCACAUCCAUGGUAGAUCCAGGUGUGCCAGUGGUUGAGGAUGGCUACGAUCCUAGGAAGCAUGAACGUAGGAAACGACUGACUACACCUGAACGCUGGGAAAUCAAGCAGCUCAUCGCUUCUGGUGCGAUAUCAAGAGAUCAGUAUCCGGACAUUGAUGAGUACGAUAACCACAACAUGAACGCGUCAGGCGAGAUAGAGGAGGAGGAAGAUGUUGACAUUGAGGUCAGAGAGGAGGAGCCUCCUUUCCUGGCCGGCCAGACUAAACAGUCGCUGGAGCUAUCCCCUAUCCGUGUCGUCAAGGCUCCUGAUGGCUCCUUGAACAGAGCCGCCAUCCAUCAAGCCGAACUUACUAAGGAACGACGAGAAUUGAAGGAUCAAGAGGCUCGUGACAGGGCUGCACAAGCAGCGAGCGGAGAGGAGAUUCAAGCAUCGUGGCAGGAUCCUCUUGCAGAGCGGAAGCUCGCAAGCGAGCUUCGCCAGGCACGCGCCAACGCAGCGAAAGAACCGCCACCGGAGUGGAAGCGGAUAUCGCAAGGGCAAGAGAGGGAGCUCGGCAAGAGAACAAACAUGUCUAUUGCUGAGCAGCGCAGGUCUCUGCCUGUGUAUAAAUUUCGCAGCCAGUUAAUUAAGGCUGUUCAGGACCACCAAAUACUCAUUGUCGUGGGCGAGACUGGAUCAGGCAAGACGACGCAAUUAACUCAGUACCUCGCUGAGGCGGGAUUCGCGAAUAACGGAAUAAUUGGAUGCACACAACCCCGUCGUGUGGCAGCUAUGAGCGUUGCCCAGCGUGUUGCGGAAGAAGUAGGCUGCAAGCUGGGUUCAACUGUUGGCUACACCAUUCGAUUUGAGGACCACACAAGCGCGGAGACAAAGAUCAAGUAUAUGACCGACGGCAUCCUACAACGUGAGAUCUUGCUAGACCCAAUGCUUAGCAGGUACAGUGCUAUCAUGCUCGAUGAAGCUCACGAGCGCACCAUUGCUACGGAUGUCCUUUUUGGUCUUCUCAAAAAGACAUUGAAACGUAGGCCGGACAUGAAACUGAUCGUUACAUCCGCUACUCUAGACGCGGAUAAGUUCUCAGAGUAUUUCUACGGCUGCCCCAUCUUUUCGAUUCCAGGUAGAACUUUCCCUGUCGAAAUUCUGUAUUCGAGGGAGCCAGAAAGUGACUACCUCGAUGCGGCGUUGACAACUGUCAUGCAGAUCCACAUUGCGGAGCCCCCAGGUGACAUACUCUUGUUUUUGACCGGAAAGGAAGAAAUUGAUACGGCUUGCGAGAUUCUAACAGAGAGAAUGCGAGCCUUGGGGAAGACCGUGCCGAAUCUCAUUGUUCUUCCUAUAUACGGUGCGCUUCCUUCAGAAACCGCGACCAAAAUUUUCGAUCCCGCGCCGCCAGGCGAGAGGAAGGUGGUCAUUGCAACAAAUAUCGCAGAAACUUCAAUAACAAUCGAUGGAAUUUACUAUGUCGUCGAUCCAGGUUUCGUGAAGCAAAACGCGUAUGACGCGAAACUAGGUAUGGAUAGAUUACAGGUGACGCCAAUCAGUCAGGCACAAGCGAAGCAAAGAGCUGGAAGAGCUGGGAGAACCGGACCUGGAAAAUGUUUUAGGUUAUAUACUGAGUCGGCGUUCAACUCCGAAAUGACGCCUACAACUAUUCCGGAAAUCCAGCGUCAAAAUUUGGCCAACACGAUUUUGAUGCUGAAGGCAAUGGGCAUCAACGACCUUCUCCACUUCGACUUCAUGGAUCCGCCGCCAACGAACACGAUGUUGACUGCAUUAGAGGAGCUAUACCAGUUGGGCGCUCUGGAUGAAGAAGGGCUGUUGACAAGACUCGGCCGUCAGAUGGCGGACUUCCCUAUGGAUCCAGCACUAGCAAAGUCAUUGAUUGCGUCGGCGAAAAUGGACUGCUCCGAAGAACUUUUGACCAUUGUUAGCAUGAUAUCAGGACCCGCGAACAUCUGGCACAGGCCGAAGGACAAGCAAGAGCAAGCCGACAAGAAGAAGGCCAAGUUUCAUGACCAGCAUGGAGAUCAUCUCACUUAUCUUAACCUGUACAACGCCUGGAAAAGAUCGGGAUACUCCAAGCCAUUCUGCAUCGAGAACUUCGUACAACCACGGAACAUGCAGCGUGUACGUGAUGUACGUGACCAACUGGCGCAAAUCUUCCAAAGGCACAAAUUACCAAUCAUAUCGUGCGGACGAAAUACGAUCAAGGUUCGACAAGCCCUUUGCAGCGGCUUCUUCCGUAACGCAGCGCGCAAAAGUCCUGAAGGGAACUACACGACCCUAGUGGAAGGCACACCUGUCUAUCUGCAUCCCUCCUCAGCGCUAUUUGGCAAGCCUGCCGAAUAUGUCAUAUACCAUAGCUUGGUGGAAACUACGAAGGAGUAUAUGCAUAUGGUAACCGUAAUCGAACCAAAGUGGCUGGUUGAAGCGGCCCCAACAUUCUUCAAGGUCGCGAGCGCGGAAGGUGGCAUGAGUAAGAGGAAGAAAGCAGAGAGAAUUCAGCCACUGCAUAACAAGUUUGCUGGAGAAGAUGACUGGAGGCUGAGCGCGCAGAGGAGAGCAGGUAGGGGAGGAGGAGGGACAUGGGGUUGAAUCAGAUAUCAAAAUAAAUAUACACACAAUGCCAGCAAAAGACUUCCU